AUGAUUGAACGUGGUGGUCUCUCUAGAUUCGGAAGGCUAUCAACAAUAAAGAGGCGAGUAGAGAAGAACACCAUUACUACUGCUUCUAGCCUGCAUAUAAGCAAUCAGUCUCCUGUCCCUGGUCAAGUGGUGCGAGGCGGAUCAAUGCUGACAGCAAGUGAUAAAGUGGUAGAUACUAUGAAGGAUGUUGCAACAAUACCAAUUACACCCGAUGCUAUGCAGGAAGAAAUUGGAGGCAUUGUCAACCAUGAUAAGGUAGGUAGAAGGUCAACCUUCCUGCAAAAAACUUAUAUCUUCAUUAUGAGAGUAAGCCACAAUGUUAUUUGCACUAACAUUCCUUGUUACGGAGAAUCAUUAUAA